GUCUUCACACAAGUUACGCAAUAUUCAUAAUGCACUCUUGUGCGCCAGUGUAAAGUUCCUUACGGCCUUACUUCGCUUCUCUAGUUAAAUAAUUAAGCAACAUACUAAUUCCCUUCUGAUGUGAACUGUGAUUGAAUACGAUAUUCUUUCCUCACUGUCGCCCUGGAGGGUCAAUUUCUGUGGUGCUGAGCGGGGGUUUCCGUUGUUCUGAAAUAACCAAUGUGACUCACUGUGACACGCAUUGGAUACGGACAUCUUGGGGGUCUGCGCAGAAUUGUUUUCUACGAAAUCAAGAGACGUGUGGAUACGUCGUGGCAUGAUAUUCUUUAAAGGAUAUAUGUUACGAAAUCUCUAUAAUUUGUAAGUAUCUCUAGUCAAUACAUUGAGAGUUCGCGCAUGUUAUAUUCUUGAAAGCAGUGUACAUUUUUGGCAUUGCUAACUAAACUUGCAUGAGGGAUACAAUACAUUUGAUGGCUUUGACUCCAAGGAUGUAGAUUACGUAACAUUUGUAUUUUACGGGCAUCUCAAUAAAACUUAAACGUGACGGAUAUUUGUUGUUGAUAUCAUAGGAAUUGGAAAACACUAUUCUCGUAUAUUCUGCUGUGCAGGAUACUGUUCCUCGUUUAUUCGACUUUGAAAAAUUGGAACAUUAUUUUGGGAUAUUUUGUGGUAUUGAUUCUGAACUAUGGAUCGGAUUCGUGACCGACUGAGCCUCCCACGGCCCAAGUCGAUGCAAGAGUCGAGGACAGGCCUGGAGUCCAUGAUCAAGGAGUCGAUGUUCCUGGGCGUCCUGCCCAUGGCCGGGAUCGAUUCGGAUGGGGGUAGUUAUGGCAGCGCGUCCCCGAUCUCCCCAAGGUCACCAAGGUCGCCGAGGUUCUUCCGCAAGAAUAGCAGCUGCUCUGGAGUUCUGCUCGACGAGGACGAUAGCGAGAACUGUUUUAGUAGAAAUUCAUCAGCAAGUUCUUCUGCCAGUGACCUUGCGGCCAGACGGGGAGUGUUCAGCCGCCGCCAUUACGGAUCAGUGGAAUUGUUGACGUCGUGUGAAGAUGGCACCACCACGAACUGCAGUCGUUUCCGGGUCGAGACGGGCGAGCGUGACGUGGAGGAGGUGGGGCAUUAUGGCUCGAGUCCGCUGGGCAGCCCCGUGCACCUGGAGAAUCCGGAAUACCAGACGCGGUGGUACUUCAAGUAUUUCCUCGGAAGAAUGCACCAGAAUUACGUCGGAGCUGACCCAGAUAAAGAACCAUUUAUAGUAUCGGUGGUCGUGACGGAUGCGAACAACCACAGCGUGCCACAAUAUCGAGCUAUCUUGUGGCGCAAAACAGGUGCACAAAAGUUUUGCCUUCCAUACACGCCGAAUAAGCCGAUGACGGUGAAAGGCAUCCUGUGUCACUUCGAUCACCAUAAGGUAGACAAAGGCCCCAAGGAGAUAUUCAAUCCAGAGUUACAGAAAGAACUUCUAGUUCUUGAGGAACAAGAGGGUUCGGUAAAUUUCAAAUUCGGUGUCAUUUACGCCAAAGAAAAACAGACGGGUGACGAUGAGAUGUACGGAAACGAAAAUGGUAGCGAGGAGUUUACGAAGUUUGUGUCAUUACUAGGGGAUAGGGUAUCACUCAGGGGCUGGGAUAAAUUCCGAGCUGGACUCGAUGUCAAAGGAAAUACCACGGGAGAGGAAUCUAUAUAUACUGUGUACGAGGGACAUGAGAUAAUGUUCCACGUUUCUACCAUGCUGCCUUAUUCGAAAGAUAACAAACAACAGGUGGAACGAAAGCGUCACGUCGGCAACGACAUCGUAAAUAUUGUGUUCAUAGAGACAGAAGACUCAGAAGACCAGGAGAGAUCUCCCGUGUUCCGGCCAGCCAGCAUGAAGACACAUUUUACGCAUAUAUUCGCCGUUGUGACGUAUAACAAGCGGGAGGACUCGUACAGGUUGAAUAUCUACUCCGAAGAGUCAGUUCCCUUGUUCGGACCACCACUGCCUUGCCCUCCCACUUUUACGAAUCUUAACGAGUUUAGAGACUUCCUAUUAGUGAAACUAAUAAACGGAGAAAAAGCUGCCUUCAAUACGCCGGUAUUUGCUCAAAAACGGGAGAGGACGCUGGACAUGUUGAUAAAGAAUGUCUACCAGGACUACAUGCCUGAGAUGAGUAAGAAUAACAUGAUAAACCGACGAGCUUUCAGCGAUGUUAUACCGGACAGCCUACAGCAUGGCUCGAGGCGGAAAGAGGAGGCCAGGCAUUUGGAGUUCGUCAGGAUCGGGCAGGCGUUGAAGCUGAAGACCAUCCUGCGUGGAGAUGCCCCUACCAGUCUGAUUACCACGGGCAUGCUCAAGAGAGAACCUUGGGAACCACAUUGCUUUCAUCACGAUUUCCCCUACGAAAUAGUGUGUGGAGAUUCAUGGGGAGACAAACUGAUUGUCGCAACCUGCACAGGAACAUUUGUCAUUGAAGAGGACCUCGCACCCAGGAUGAUAUUUGAUAAAUCUGUAGUCAUCAAGCAGCUCAGUGUGAUUGAGGCUCAUGGUCUUCUCAUAUUCAGAGGUGACAAAGGAAAGGAUAGUCGCAUCCACGUGUUCAGACUGACAGAUUUUGAGGGCGAGCAGUACGAUGAAUACCCAAGGAGUAAAACAGACAUCAAGGAACAAAAGAUAGAGAAAACUAAAGGUUGCCAUAUGUAUGCCCUCAGUCGACCCUCGGGAAGUCACCUGAGAAUGGUGGUAGCCAUUGGAAAGAGACUGUUACUAUACACGUGGAAGCACUCAGUAGCGUGGUCAGCAUGGUGUCAACCUGCCGAUAGUGACACCGUGGAAGGCUUUCAGUUUGUCCGGGAACUAGGGGCAUUCGAAAGUCCACAACUCCUUACUCUCAUAGAUGGUUCCAAGGGAGAUAACCAAAUCUGUGUCGGUUACAAGAACCAAUUUGACUUGAUUAACGAGAAGAAUGGUGAUACUCUUCAGUUAUACAGCGUGGGAGGUAAUAAAGUGACGCUGGUGUCGGCCAUCGACAUCUACGAGGACGACGAGGCCGAGCUAUUGCUUUGCUACAACCGGAUCAGUCACUUUCAAAAACUCCGAGAGGAGAGCUCUCAUGAGUUUGAUUUUCAUUGGAACUCCGCCCCCGAUGCCAUAGUUUGUGCAUUUCCUUACAUCAUGGCGUUCACGCCCGACACCAUCGAGAUUCGACUGAUCAUCAAUGGGAACCUCGUAAACACCAUGACAAUGCCACGAUUAGGCCUCAUAGCUUCUAAGUGUGAUAUCUACUUUGCCAGUUCUGCUCACAGCACCAAGAACCACAGUCCCACCGAGAGGUACAUGGAGAGACGUGAGAGCAACAUCUCACCGCCAUCUUCGCCAUCUAAAUUUCCUUUUGCAGCCCAAAAUGAAAUUCCCUUGAACAUCUACAAGAUCCCUUUAACGUGCCUCGCCGGUCAGAUCAACACGGACCGGCCAGUUCAGACCCAGAGCACACCGGCCGCUCCCCAGUCCCUCCUGGCGCCCCUAGUUAGCGCGGAGACCUCCCCGAAACCCUCGGGGAGAAGGAGCCCGCUUGCGAGGACCAAGGCCUAUGGGUUGACACCGAACACGUCACUAGAGGACAGUAAGGACCGCCACGACUCAUCCAGUUCCGAUUCGGGCAUUCACAUGCAUAAAUUAAGCGACGGUAGCCCACCUGGGAGUCCUUUUGGAUUAGGGCACGCGGACUUUCAGGAAACGGACCUCGUAUGAUGACGGCGACGCGCGACUGUGCCGCAUUUCGGCAGCGCAGUCGAGCUUUUGGAAUGCGAUACCGACAACGUCUUCUUAAGGGAGACGGAUCUGUAGGAAAAUACCGAAUGUAGAGUCAUUAUUAAAUUCGUUCAAUGUGAAAUGGCAGAAGUUGAUUCCGUUACCGUAUUGUUACCACGGAUGCGAAUUUAUCGAAUGUUAGACAGACGGUGAAGAAAAUCUGUAGGAAAAUUACGAAUGUGUUGUCAGUGGCGUCGUCGUUCACUGGACCGAGUUCUUAUCGAUUCUACCGUGAUAUCGACGACGGAGUAUAAUAUAUCAAAUGGGAAACGGCCAGUGUGCUCAUGAGGUGUUUCCUUCGGGCGGAGUCUUAAACGACGGCAAAUCGGAAUAAAAGAAUAUGUCUUGUCGGCAAGGAAGCAUAGCCUCUCUUAAAAAUGGCGGUUGAGCGCGUUGGAUUAACACGUCGUCGUCUUUUGAUUUAAUAAGACAAACAAGCUCAGUUGAUUUGAGGUCGACGACUCUCAUCAGUUUUUAACUCAUGAGUUUAAGUUAUGUCGUCACUACAACUGCUAUUGAUAUGGCACGAGGUCGCAGGCACUGAGAGGAAAAUGUUAUGUUCCGAUAGGAUGUGACCUGAAAGGACCAUUAGUUAGCUUGGAAAAGAUGUUGGUAUAGACAGAUUCUUUCAAUCAAAGACUCUGGUAUAAACCAGUAUUGGUUCAUUCACUAUAGCGUGGGGAAAAAACUGUGCUCUGCGAUGGCCUCGCGGGAAAGAUUUGUGAGGUAGCGAGUGUGUUGAGGCGAAGGACUAUGGUGUCACAAUCUGCUCAUUUUCGAACAGAGGAUUCGAGUGACAGUUACAGCAUUCAUUGGGCCGAAAGUCAACAAGUGUCUAGGCUUGAGAAACCUGAAAAUAGUGUGUUUGCCCCGGUUAGUUGAAUUUACAGGCACUAAAAUUAAAAAUGGAGUACUAGUGAUAUUUGGCAUUCUUUCACAAAAAGAUAAUGUAUGGUGGCAGUUUGGUUGAUGUUCGCUUGAGGGUGAUGUCAGAAAGUUGAAUGGAAGUAUUCUGUCAAAUGCUCUGAUUUGGAAUUGACAUGUUUAAAACGUGCUACUUCUGAUACAGGAAUUAUAUAUUGACGUUGCGGAAUGGUCCGAUCGACCGAUUAGACAUGAAAAAGAUGUGUGUGGUGAGACGAUGGAUUCAACGCGUAUUUGUGUAACUGUUUCAAAUAACUUGACAAGACGUUUUGGUGCAGGCACAGUGAGAUAAUGUUGACUUAAUGAAACGUUAUAAAGAACUCGGCGCACAUUUGAAUGUGGAAUAUUUGUUAUAAAAUUGGUGUAAAAUGUGAUUUUAACCAAGGGGAAGGAUACGACCUAAGUUGCAAAAAGGACAUACUCGUCCGUGCUUCGUUUAGCAGUUGUCAUCAGAGACACGUUAAGUGGACACUUUUAUGUUAUCAUAAUUCGAGUUGUGACUUUGUUCUGUGAUGAAAAUUGUGCAUUGUUUUGUACGUUUUAUAACAUAUCAUUAUUUCUUAAGCACAAAAUGAUGGCAAUGAGGGAUGGGAUGGAAAUUCUUUCUGGGUAUUUGGUUACCGUACUUGAACGUUGUUGACAAGGUUGGGGCUGAGGCUACAGGAUUUCUUGGCAAACUAGAUGUGACACCAAUGAAUCGUGUCCGAUAUAUUUGGUGGUGUGCAAAUGAGCAGGUGAGACUAGAACAACCGAUCACUAGGGCCGGGAAUUCGGUAAUGGGAAGAGUCCGUGAGGAUUUGUCUGGCCAAAGAUUUUCGUGUGUUGGACAUUUUUGGAACAAAGACUUCCUCCCUUAGAAGUCGUGGGUUAUUCGUGAAAUGCGCGAAAGUAAAACGCCCGCAAAAGCUUGUGGUUUACAGCAUCUAUCAUGAGACCCCUCAGUAAAGAGGUUAACAAUAAAUAUCUAAAGGGUGUAUCAAAAAACCCUGUAGACAAUGCUUGCUAAAUAUGUUGUCGGCGUCGCCUCUAUGGACACCUCGCUUACGUUGUGAGUUGCACCCUUGUUAUACAUGUAACUUGGUCCUUUAUGAGCGGGACGCUAAUAAUUUGCAAUUAUCGUGGGUGGAUUAUUUAAGUUGCAAGGUCAGAUAUUUCUUUUUACCGAACAGAACACUGCCAUAUACCAUUCCGACUCUCGGAAGAGUUAUUCUAAAUGUAGUGACAAAACAGGUUAUCGUUAAGGUGGAUCAUCUCCGCCAUGAAUUAGGCCAGUGUUAAAUGUGAAUUGACGAAAGUUUUCAUAUUGAUAUUCCACGUGCAUUUUUGCAAUGAUCUUUCAAUUCCAAAUUGGAUCUGUGCAUGAGGUGGAUACAACAAAGUCGUUAUCCAAGUCGUAGGAAAUUACAACGAUUUGGAAUACGACUUUAUUAACCCGCCUUAUAUGAGCGGAUCGGAUCCGGAAUUUAAAAUAUCAUUGCGUUUGUACCGAAGUUAAUGGAUGGGAAAACGUUCGCCAGAGGCUUUGAAAAAGCAAUACACUUGAUCCUAUAGAGGCGAUUGUUGAGUAUUUGUGGACCGAUAGAGGGCGUGGAAGUUCAACCCGGAUCAUUAGUAUUAACCCUCUAUGCACCCAAUGUUGGUUGUGUGUCUCGACUUCGCCUUCGCUGCUGUUCUUGUUGUGGAGUGGCAGGUUAGAAUGUAUAGCAAAAAUAUUCUAUAGUGAUUAAUUUCACGUUCUUUCCUUGUUAGUUACAUAUUCUGUUCCUUGUUGGCGCUGCAAUCGUUUUCAGCGCCCCCUAUAGUGACAUAUUUAUCAAUGUUAUCGUUAUUCUACCUGAUAAUUAUUGCGCAUUUGGUGAACUCAGUUUUAUUAGUUCCAUGUUUUACCGUUACGAUAUUUGGCGUUGCAAUGAGCGUGACAAUUGUGACAAGAAGACAUGUUAAGGCCUUUCUCCACAGUUGCCGCUACUUUACACACGAUGUCAACAGGCAGUAGACUUGCGUCCAUAUUUCAUCGGCUAUGUCAUCGCUAUUACGAAGACGUACAAUGCCGAUGUGACGGGGAUAGUAGUCCUAGGGCUGAUAGUCCGAGUAACAAUAGCCCGCAUUGCUAAAUGUUUUGGUUAGUGUUAGCGGUACAAUAGAUCAUGCUGCUUAAUUGGUCAAAUACAAUGCUACCGGAUUAUGACUCCAGGGGGACUAUAUCCGCUGUCACACCGGCCUGUGUAAAGAGCGUAAAUCGCGGCGAUAGUCGCUUAUGUGGAGGUUGGCCUGUCAGAUCUCAAAUCCCACAAAUUUGACGGCGGGCCAUUCUCUGUAUAACGGGCUCUUUGUGUGAUAAAGACUGAAUGAUGCUGUGUGCAUUCUGAUAUGCGAGCUCGUGUGUGUGAUGUUUCGAACCCGUGAGUACUGUACCGCUGUAACCUGCGAUCUAUUACAACAAAAAUCGCUCGUCUUAAGUGGUGGUCCGUUUUAAUCGGGUGCUUGCGACACGAAUCGCUGAUCGCAGCAUCCUGUGCUACCUGCGUGAGUGAGUUUUCUGGGUUCGUGAGUGUUGGUUACUGUAAACCCGAUCAGGAGCAAUCACGGCGACAAAGUUGGCAUUCAGUAUUACUGAAUUGGUUAUUCCAACAUAGUGUCGUGACGACUCAUGGCGAUUUUGCAGUACGUGUGAUGUGUGUACGAUAAGUUAGCGCUGAAAUGAGAUUCCCCGAAUAAAAUUCACGAUAAAAAAAGUCAAGGAACCCGUCGUCGUCAAGGGAUUUGAUACAAAACUUAAGGGAAUUAGUUGAUCGAUUCUUGAAUGUUUAUUUCUUGAACUCAAACGAUAGGAAGUAUCGAUUUCAAAACACGAUUUUAGGAAACAAUUUCCUUAAGUGUUAAUUAGAUAAUUAUAACGUAUUUUGUUGUAAAAGUAGACCGGUUUGGGGAAACAGUAUCAGAAGAAUAUUCCGGAUAUUAACCGUCACGUGGCCACCACAUGACGCGCCACGCAGCAUCUUCUGUGUACGCAUGCGCAAUGAAGAAAUAGUUUGAAAGUCAAUAUCUGAUUUAUUUUGAAAUGUUGAAAGACACAUUAUGUAUUAUCAGAUGUAUAUAUGAUAUUAACCCGUUAAGGACAUGUUGAGGUAAAAUCUUUAAAAAACACCUAUGAUGAUUUUCUCUGAAAGAUAGCGAGAGUGCAUAAUUUUGACUCACUCAAAAACAGCACCAAUCGUAUUUAGUCUUGUCAAUAUUCCGAAACCAAAACAGGAAGGUUCAAAAGUCUUUAUAAACGACAAACCGCCUUGAAAACGCUUUAAUCCAACACGUCAAAUGAGUUGAAUAAUGCAUCACAAAAAAAUUUAUAUUUUGACAUGAAAAAAAACGGUCCCUCGAGGGUUAAUUUGUUGUUACGAUUUGUUCUUUUUGUUAUGUGCCGUGGAAAUCAGUUCAAAUAUUAUUGUAUUGUAAUUUUCUACCAAAUAUGUAUAUAUUCCUUAUAUAAGUUCACCCUCCCGCAAUGUAUACCCUAGUCGCCUCACCUGCCAAUCAAACUUAAUUGACACUAAUUGAUUCAACUAAAUUGAGUUCGGUUGGCAGAGCAUUAUUAUUAUGAAUAAAUUAUAUUUAUAAAAUAUGGGAUGGCUGACUGUGCUUUUUGACCACGUGACAAUGAUUAUAUUUGAAUAAAGGUAACGCUCAUUUUCUCCUAAAA